AUGCAAGAUACCAAAGGGGAACUCUCAGAUUAUCUCCAACGAACGGCAAAAACGCACCAAGAGGACGUAGCUGGCAAGGCUAUUGACGAAACAGAAGGUCGCCAUGAACAACGUCUCCCGGGACUGAGCGAGCUGACCGAGUCUGUCGACAUCCUGCUCCCCCUGACUGGAGAAGCUUUGAUCUUGAGGAGAAAGCUUCGGGCUCUUACCAGAAAAUUCGCACAACGAUGA